GCAUUUGACUGAAACACUUUAAAAAGGCAGAAUUAUCUGGCGUACAAAUGAGGAUGAAACCCACUUUAUAUUACGUACUGGACAAACUGAUGUGGAUCAUCUUCGUCUGCUGUGGACAUGCUCGAGCAGAUAGACCCAGAGUCAUUCUGACAGCAGGUACAACGACCAUACCAGUAGGGGGCAGUGUGGCGCUGAGCUGCUCGGUGGAGCCCUCUGCUGGAUGGGAGUACAGUUGGUUCAGAUGGACGCCGGACACUCUCCGAGUUCAAGUCAAAAACGAUAGUGGACUAAACAGAAUUAUUAAUGUCACACAAGGAGGUUUUUAUCAAUGCAAAGGUGUGAAAGAAACAAACAACCUCCAAAGUUAUUUAAGUAACAGGACUACAAUCCAAAUAACCUUUUCCAACAAGGUUGUUGUGAUUCGACGACCAAACUGGCCUCAGAUGUUCAGUGGUGAGACGAUCACUCUGACCUGUGAGGUCCAGGGAGGAGAAACCACUGAGUGGACGUGUGACUGGAGGAUAGACGGGUCGUUCAUACACAGGACAGACAGUAAAGACUGGACUUUCAGUGUUUCUGAGUCCAACAGAGGAGACUACAGGUGUCUGUGUUUUCCAAAAGAUGACUGGUUUUCUUCGACAGAGUGGAGUGAACCCAUCUCACUGUCAGUAUUACGGAAACCAAAGGCCCAUCUGAGUACGGACAGCAUAGAGCUACCAGCAGGAGGCAACGUGAAACUAACCUGCUCACUAAACACAUCGUCAUCAUCGCCGUUUAGUUUGAAAUAUUUCUGGUACAGAGGAGAAAAAUCAUCAGAGCCUGUGAGCUCAGAAGAUGCUGAUUUCCCUUCAAAUGGACAAAUGAGCGUCUCAGAGGAAGGACUGUACUGGUGCAGAGGAGGAAGAGGAGAACCAGUUUACUACACAGACUACAGUGAUCACGUCAAUAUCACUAAGAAUUUAUCCGUUGGGUCCAGCGGUCCAGUCGGCUCUUUGUUGUUCGUGCUGCUGGUUGUCGCUCUCCUUGGUGGAAUCAGUCUAAUUGUCCUGCUGCUGUUGUUUUGGCGCAGCAAACAAAAGAAAGAUUUUCGGCACACGAGAUUAAAUCCAUCACAGAGCUCCAACCAGACCGUUAACCAUGAAGUCAACCAGAGUGAGCUGAACGCCUCCCACCCUGAGGAUAAAUCCAAUACUGUGUACUCCCUGGCUGGAUUAAAACACUCUGGGACAAAGAGGAGUCCUGAUCCACUAGAGGGCGCUCUAUGGUCAUAUGUGAAAACACAAGCAAUAGAUGAAUCCAUAGACAAUGGGUACUCUCUGCUUGAAGCCCAAAACUUUGGGACGAAGAAACUUCCUGUUGGUCCAGAAGUGGACACUGUUUACGCUAAAGUGAAAAAAGGAGCUACAGAACUUCCUGUUGGUCCAGAAGUGGACACUGUUUACGCUAAAGUGAAAAAAGGAGCUACAGAUAAAUUCAUAAACACUGUGUACUCCCAGAUUGAAGGGAAAAAUGCUGGGAGGAUGAAACUUCCUGUUGACCCAGAAGAGGGCGCUGUUUAUGCUAAUGUGAAAAAAGGAGCUACAGAUAAAUCCAUAGAUACUGUGUACUCCCUGAUUGAAAUGAAAACCUUUGGGACGAUGAAGGAUCCACAUGAUCCACAAGAGGGCGCUGUUGGCUCUGACGUGAAAACAGACUCUACUGCAGCGUCUACUGAGAUUAGCCAUUUGAAGAAAAACAAGAAAAAAACAAAAGGAAAACGGAGUCGUUCAGCAUAUGCAGCAGUUUAUGCUAACGAGUCAGGAACAGCUGUGGCUAGCGAUGGUCCCAUGUCCAGAAAAGCCAAAAGCCAUUAAACCCUCAUUGUUUAGCUGUUUUCUAAAAUAAACAGCAUCUCAAAAAUGACUUAUACUAAACUCAGUAAUUAAUUGGAAAACAUUUACCGGUAUUAUAGCAAUAAAACUCCAAAAUUUCUGUUCUAGCUUUUCUGGUAAUUUGAGAUUUUAACUUUAGUGAUGGGUUUGAUGUCUUCAAGGUUGAAAGCCCUGCUUGAUGUUUUUCUGAUGUUGACUCACUCCAAAUAUUUGUCCUCAGUCCGACUGCAAACAUCAGAACUAGAAAGCAACCAAUAAAGGAUUCUCUGUCAAGAUAAAAACUCUGGAAAAACUCUUACAUGCAUUUAUCUUCAAUAGAUUAGAUUAUUAUUAUUAUUAUUAUUAUUAUUAUUAUUAUUAUUAUUAUUAUUAUUAUUAUUAUUAUUAUUAUUAUUAUUUCGUCAGCACAGAUCUCAAAAAAUAUGUAUUAAAAUAAAGAAAACAAUUACACUGCUGCAGCUCAUAUCCAGAUUGCUGCUGGCAGAGUCCUGACUAACUAUGGGGAAAAUAGAUUGCAGUAAACCAGUUCUUAAAUCACUUCCCUGUCUGACAAAGGACUUAAUUCAAACUAUUGCUGAUUGUGUAAAAGGCACUGAGUGACCUUUGGCCUCCCCACAUUGGAGUUGAUGUUCAUGUGUGUACUGGUUCUGCAGAUGGGCAAAAUCUACUGGUUCUUUUCAGUCAGGUCUAAAAAUGGGCCUCAAAUUUACAUUAAUAAUUUCUUUUAUGUGAUUUAUAAAAUGUAUGAUUUUUCAUUUAAAAGCUGUUUUGUAAUGCAGUUCUCUUUACCUCUGCUCCUUUAUUUUGCUGUCACAUUGAAUUACCUUGUGUAUGAAUAAUGCUGUCCAAAUAAACUUGUCUUACCUUCC